UGGAUUAGACGGUAAAUAAACAGUCACGUGAUAUUGUUAUGGUCUGGAACCACGAGGUCGAGUGUUUUGCCUCUGACAGCGAUUAGCAUUUUGGUAAAAGUGACACUCUCUGAUUUUAUCCAAAAUGCUUGCCACAGAAAUGGAAACUACUAGUCACCUGGGAUUUGAGGAAAGGCCUAAGCGUAUGAGACUCGAUCCGAGAUGUAAACAUUACGACGCAAACGGAGUGUCGCACCGUUCACUCGAUAUUGGUGGCGUAAUCGGUGUGUUGAGCAAAUACCAGGAUUACGACGGAGGAAUUAACUGCAGUAUUUGUGGUAAACUGUACAAGAGCAGGGUGUGUUUCGUAAAACACCUGUGGGAACACACCAUUUACUGGGAUCAAUUUCCAGGCGACAAAAACCAGGAUCGAGUUCUGUCCAUUCAGGCAGCCCUCAUUCUGUUCCUCACUCUCCAUGGAGAUGCAGUGCAGGGAGGCAGCAUUCUUACACAUCUCCUGGUCACGGCACCAAACGAGAAACGUCCAGAUGAUGCGCCCACCUCACCGACGCCAUCUCCCGAGAAGCGACGACCUCGAACACCAAAGAAAAAUCCAUCGAGUAUUUCCCCUCUUAAGAGGAAAAAAUCUUUUGAUCUUUAAAUCACCGGGGUAGUUGUAUACAACUUUAAAGAAAUCCUUCAGAUGUUUUUAGUUCUGAAGAAAGUGUUCUAAGUGUGAAGACAUGCGGUAAAACUGAAUGACACAGGUGUGAUAAAUGCUGGACAUUUUGAAAACAUGGAAAACAGUUCUUGUGAAAUGUGAAUAGUGUAAAAGGAUAACUGCAAACUUUUAUAAUGUUGCAUUUAUAUCGACCAAUCGGAAUGCAUUUGACAUUCAGCAGCAGUAGGGAACAGAAGUGUUUCCAUGUUGUAAUUUGUGAGAGCAAGAAAUUAAAACACGAAACUAAUGAUUAUUUGGAGAACCUGGGCCAUAACUUGUAGUUUUUCGCCAAUUGUGCUUUAAUAUUAGACAAGUAAAUAUUUUGAAAAAAUAACUGGUUUCCACAUCCAUACCAAGUUAUAUACCAACCAACACAAGAUUUUUAAAAGCACAUGAUUUUUUUUGUUCUAUAAUAUAAAGUGUAUGAGGUGAUCGUCACACCCUUGGUGACAACUUUUAAUAUGACAUUCUGAUGAUAAUUUUCUACAGAAAGUUAAUUCGUUCAAAAUAAUGGUGCUUGUUAUGAUGGAUUGUAUUGAUGAUUUUGUUUAUGUUUUGUUACUGUUACCAUGGAGAUGAGAUGUGCGUAGAGCUGAAGAAGUCUGCUCCAUGACUUUAUGCGUGUAUAUAUAUACGUACCUGUAUUAUUGAGAUCCCUGUUACUUUUUCUAUAUGUACAGUAUACUAGUUCAACAGGAAAAUAUAUUUUUUUAACACAUUAAAUUGUAAUUAUUUUAUCUGUUUCUGAUCCCAUAAAUUCUAAUUGCUUUAUCUGUUUAUUAUUUCAAUCAUAUACAAAUGUGUUCAUUUUUGACAACCAAAACUGGAAAUGUGUUUUUUUUGCCAAACUUGAAAAUUGUGCGAUAUUGACCAAGAUGCUUGGAUAUUUUCAAAGUUUCCCAGUGAAUGGAAGGUGCAAUUUGUGUUUAUAAGCAAGUGUUUUCAAGAAAAUUGUGGAGAAUUCUAAGGGAGAUAACUUAUUAUAAUCAUAAUUGGGUUUAACCCCUAGGAUCUUUUUGUUUAUCCCAAAAACCCUGUCUGUAUGCUGGUUUACUCCAAAAUCCUGCUAACCUAUAUAGCUAUAAACGGAAGUGUUGCAGGAGAAAAAUGAUAAGAUAUACUAUAAUCACAACAAAAUGAAAUAAUGGAAAUACUUGUAAUGGAUAGUUGUCGUUGGCAGAUCUGCAACCAUAGAAUUUGUGUGGGGAGUCUUUCAGAUCAGAGAGCCGUGAAAUGGAGUUGAGACUUUAACGCUUUUCUCGUAGGACUUGUCCACAUACGUAGUGAGUGAGAGUGAUUUGUUAAGAUUUUCCCUGAUGUAGAAAUGAUAAUGGUAUGAUUAUACAUAGUUGACUAAUUAUGAGCUACGAUUCCGGACCAGCAUUUGUGAUAAAAUUGUGACUGUGAAGAAAUUACAUUAACCGAGGUUUUUGUGAAAUUGUGUGAUUUCCCUAUAUUUUAAAAUUGAUUUUAUUUUAGAUAUAUGGUUUUGAAAUAACUUUAAUGUUAAAGAAAAGCUCUUUUGACAAGACUUUUAACUUUUAACUCAAACCCCUGAAGACCCAUUUGAACUUUUCCAAUUCAAUGGUUGCAACAGUUCAUUAUGAAGUUUCGGGGGGGGGGGUGAAUGAGUUAAAAGGUUAUCAUACUGAUUUAUCUGUUACAAUAGCAGCCUUUUAGUGGAGUUAUUGACGCUACUAUUGAUAUUUUGUUUCUAAAUUUAAAGCAUUGUUUAUUUCUGUGAAAACUCUUUCCAUAAUAAGGCCGAGAUCAACUUAUUCACCCCUGAAGACACAUUUGGACUCAUCCAAUUCAAAGGUUGAAAUAGUUCAUUAUAAAAUUUAAGCUUAAGAAGGUGAAUAAGUUAAAAAAGAAAUGUACUACAAGGCGUAUGCUGGAGAGGAAAUGUAAUAAGUAUUAUAAUUGUUUUACUAUCUUACCAAAAGAUGAAAUAAAUAAAUAUAAUUUUUGUAAAAUUUAUAAAAGAAGGAUUUAAUUUAGAGAUGUUAUGGUAAAAAAAAUGUCUACAAUUCUAGGUUACUAUUGAUCUGUUCUAAAAUUUAAUGAUCUGGUAACCAUUGCAACUUGCAAAUUUUCAACUUGACAUUUUCUUCAUUUCACCCUUGUUUGAAAGUUAGUUGCUUCUCAAAUAUGUUCAAAUUUAUUUUUCAACAUGCAACUGGCAUUUUCAAUCUUUUGAAAAUUUAUUUUCGUAACUAAAAAUGAAGACUUGCUAUACUGAAAAAUACGAAUGGCAUUUGAAAUGAAUGAGAGUUAUAAGGUAUUUGUUGUUUGUAAAUACAGUAGCUUAAGUAUACCCAGCCGUAGACAUGUAUCCUUAUAUAGUCAACAGUAGAUUCUUAUGUGAUAAUAUUUGUUACAUUGUGUGCAUAUGCAUGUAUACAUAUUAACUCAUUCACCCCUGGAGACACAUUUGAACU